AUGGUUGAUGAAGAACAAGAAACAAAUGGUACUACUUCUAAAUUUAAAACUGUUAUUAAUAAAAUAUUCUAUGAUGCACUUAUUGAUACUGGAAUAUCAAAAGAAGAUGUCUUUGGUGCUCGCUCUUCUGGUAUUUUGAAAUGGUUUAAAUAUUUGACAAGAUAUUUUAUGCCAACAGCACCGAUAUGGUCAAACAUGUUGUUAGGUAAAAGUUUUUUCUUUAAAAUUAACAUAUUACUCUUUAUGAUGUUUAAUAUGGGAAAUUUAAGUGUUCAGCGUCGACUUGCUGCCAAAUCAUUUAAAAAUUUCUGUAUUGCUCAACUUGAACAACGAACAACAGCAAUAAGUGAGAGAAGAAUGGGUAUAUUUAAACGCACGCAGUUAGUUUUAAUUGAUGAAUAUUCGAAUGUAAUUAUGACUCAUUUCAUGAUUACAAAAAUUGAUUCAAAUAAUUCAUCAACAUUAUUAGAUGAACGACGAUUAAAACCUAUUGAAGAACGCUGGAGGAAAACAAUCAGCAAAAGAGGUCGUGGUUAUUAUUCAAAAGCUCCUCAACAAUCAGUUUUUGCUGAUCUUGUUUCAUUACUUCUAUUGAGUAGGAAUGAUGUCAAUGCUGAUCUUAAAUUACCAAAUUUCACACCAAAUUGGCUGUGCGUUGCUAUUGGUUUAUUACUCUCAACAGGAAAUGAAACUGGUAGUCGUUAUGAACUUUCAUCAUCAUCAUUAAAUCAUAAUUGUCCGUUACUUGAUGUUGUUAAAACGUUUAUAGAAGAAUGGUUUAGUUCAAGAUUAACUCAAACUAAUAAUUCACGUUCAACAACAAUCAGUUUUUCUUUACCAACAACUAUUAAACCUACAACUCGACAUAUUGAUGUUACAGAAUUUCCUUCAGUAUUAAUUAUUCAUAUCAAUGAGCCGCCAAUAAAUAUCAAAUAUAGGAAACCACCUGAUUUUGUUUCUCUUAAUUCAUUCGCUGAUUGGCGUGCUAUUGGUUUUCCAUCAUCCGCUAUGUACGAUUUAGUUUGUUUUAAUAGUAUCAUACGAUCAGGUGGAAACGAUUUGAUGGUACGGGUAACAAAAAUAAAGAAAAGUUGGUCAACAAGUAUCAAUAAAAGAGUGAUUGGUAAUGGUGAUUUACUCAAACGUCUUUUUGCUCAUAGUCUGUUUGAACGUAUUAAUAACAAAACUAAAUUUAAUCUUUUUCAAGCAAUUAUUAAAUGUAUAUUGGAUAUAAAUUUUACUUCAUUUAAUAAUAUUCAAUCGUGCAGAACGAUUCAAGAGGUUUGUUCAAUAAUUGAAACCAAUCCUCAAUUUCAUGAACUAAAUGAUAAACUUAAUGCCAGUAUUAAAUCCUACUUUCGUUGCAAUUUUUGUGGUGAUACACCUGAUAAUCUUUCAUCAUCAGAUAAUCAAAUAUUUCUCUUCAAACAAAAUUUGAAUAAUCAACUCGUCGGUUAUCCAGUGGUGUCUAAUAAUAUGAAUCAAAAUAAUACUAACUGUAUAUGCAAUAAUUGUAAUAAUUCAACAAAUAAUCUUGAAAUGGAUAUUCAGAAACAAGUUUUUCUUAAAUGCCCAUCUUGUUUAAUUACUUGUAUCAAUCCAAAAGUUGAAAGAAAUAAUCCAUUAGAUAAUUAUAUUUGUUUACGUGAUAUGGAUGAUAAGGAAUACAAUUAUGGGGCAACUGCUUUACUUGAUUUUAGUGCUUAUAGUGAUAAUGUUGCUUUAGUAAAAAAAAUCAAAUAA